AUGAAUCAGCGUUCGACUAGCGCACGUAACUCACCGUUAGUGAUUCGCCAACAAAAUCCGACAUUUGCCAAUAACCAGUCGAACUUGGGUAUACAACAGUCACAAACACAAUCUUGUGUACUGCCACAAUUAUCGACAGGGAUCGAGGAGGUGUCCCAAAAUGUCAUAGAUGAUGGAUAUAUCACGAUUGGGGCAAAGCGAAAAAGUGGCAAGCAAGGUAACGCUACAACCACGGUUGAUAGCGAUGAAGUAUCAACAGAAGCUCGUCGCUUUGCCGAAACACGGUAUCC